CCGAUUCGUCAAAAUUAUUUCUUAGCAAUAGUAUCUUGUUUGCAAACCAAAAACGUAUAUUUCGAACGUAAAAAACAAAAAACACGACACAAGCGAUAGAACGAACGCCGAAGUCCCCCUUCUUUUCUUUGUUUGCUGAAAUCAUCGUUAGUCAUAAUGCCACUGAGGGUCCUCGUGGGCUGUGCUGUGAACUGCCAGGGGAUGCUGGCUCGCGCUGUGUGCAGCAGCAAGUCUUCGACGAAUGUUUGCCGCUUGGCCAGCAGCAAGAGCAGCGUACCAGAGCCCACCUUUGUGCUGGACGAUCCGCGGGAGAUUGAGCUAUCGGAGGUGGAGAAAAUGGGCCCAUGUCGUCGCAAUUUUGCGUCACUUCAUUCUCCCCAAAUGUUCUUUUUCCCGGAAAUGGUGGCGCCGGCCCACCACGACCCCAACAGCCUGGAUCUGAUGUUCCCGCAGGAGAGCGACGAAGUGAUGUUGCACAACGUGCGGCGUCAGUGCGGAGACUUUGAGUUGACGGUGCAGCAGAUGCCCAAGCUGCUGAACUCCUACCUGAAGUCCAUCUUCUAUCGCAACUGCGAGGGAUAUCAGGGAUUCAGGGACUCCAUGGACUUCACCGCCAUCAGCCUGAAGUUCAGCUGCGACGUGGACCUCGCCAUCAAGGCCUUCCUUGACUUGGCAAUCAGCGAAUCCAUUCGCCUUGCCGAGGCCAACUACUGGGUGGACUUUGUGAAUCCGUACACGGGACGGGCACACCACGCACCAGCCGCCCCGGAACUCUACUACUUGAACAACUUUGGACUGGCGGGCCAGCAAUGGAACUACGAGAACGCCAAUGGCUGCACCAUCAUCGAUGACUCCCACGAGAAUGAAUUUAGGGGCACCAUUUACACCGAUGCCCCCGUACAUGUUAUACGGAAAUGCUGUUGCUCUGAGCGUUAACUUGAGCUGAAAUGUCUGGCCGAUCUGUUGGUUUAGUUUUUACAUUUUGAAUGGCCCAAGGCUUUCAAGAGUAUGGCAAUGUCUUCUCCCCUUGCUCCCCCGAACCUGAUAAUUGAUAAUUGAUUGUAGCCCUCGAAGACAUAAAUGUAUUUGAACGACUUUCUGUUAAGUAAAAAUUUAAGUAUCACUUUCGAACAAGCA